ACACUUCACUCAUUCAACGACCAUUUUUCAGAGCGCGUUUCAGUAGCUGCUGUGGAGAGCGACGUGCCGAGUGCGCACAAAAAAAAAAAAAAAAGAAAAGAAAAAAAAAAUACAUCCGAUGUAAACGCAGAGAGAAGCGACCGAAAAAACACGAGAGAACCCGAAGAAUCGAUCUUUAUAUUUCUGCCGCUCGGCGUCGCCGGAGGAGUUAACCUGGGGUCGGUGUCCAGAGAGCCGUCGAUAUUCAAGUAAAAAAAAAAGUCGCUGUGAAGUCUUGACACCAUGGAGCCGGCUCAUUCAGAAAUCAACAUUCUAGCCAAUGGGAAAGGCCACGACAUCGUGGAAGACAUGGGCGUCCAGAUGAGCACGCUGCUGGGAGACGACCAAAAUGGCACCCAGGCGGUCAGGUUUGAUGAUCCUGAAGGAGGUUUGGAAAACGAUGAGUUUUUACCCAGUACCGAUGGAAAGGCACCGGUUCGCUUCAAAGACUUCGAAGGAAAGACAUCGUUCGGUAUGUCCGUCUUUAACCUGGGUAAUGCUAUUAUGGGCAGUGGAAUCCUGGGAUUGGCGUACGCCAUGGCGAACACUGGCAUUCUCCUGUUUUUGUUUCUGUUGACUGCAGUGGCCGCCUUGUCUUCUUAUUCCAUUCACCUGCUGCUAAAGUCCUCUGGAAUUGUGGGGAUCCGAGCUUAUGAACAGCUGGGCUUCAGAGCUUUCGGAACGGCCGGGAAAAUGGCUGCUGGAAUAGCGAUUACUCUGCAGAACAUCGGAGCCAUGUCCAGUUACCUGUACAUUGUCAAGUCGGAGUUACCUCUGGUCAUCCAGGCCUUCCUGAAGGCAGAUCCCAACUCUGAUUUGUGGUACUUGAACGGGAACUACCUGGUCAUCAUGGUCUCUGCCAGUAUCAUCCUGCCCCUGGCUCUGAUGAAGCAACUGGGUUACCUGGGCUACACCAGUGGGUUCUCUCUCAGCUGCAUGGUGUUCUUUCUCACCGCCGUGAUCUACAAGAAGUUCCAGAUUCCCUGUCCGUUUGAAGAGUACUCCUCCAACAGUACCGCCGCCCACCACACCGUGAAUGUGUCAAACCACGUCGUCCACGCGGACCAGGAGGUGGACUGUUCCCCACGCAUGUUCACCAUGAACUCACAGACGGCGUACACCAUACCCAUCUUGGCGUUUGCCUUCGUUUGUCACCCCGAGGUGUUGCCCAUUUACACCGAGCUCCGCAAUGCAACGAAGAAGAAGAUGCAGAAGGUGGCCAACAUAUCCAUCUUCGUCAUGUACUCCAUGUACUUCCUGGCCGCGCUCUUCGGGUACCUGACCUUCUACGGGAAGGUGGAGGCUGAACUGCUGCACACCUACAGCCGGAUCGAUCCGUUUGACACUCUGAUUCUGUGUGUGCGUGUGGCUGUGCUGACUGCUGUCACUCUGACUGUUCCCAUCGUCCUGUUCCCUGUUCGUCGGGCCAUCCAGCAGAUGGUUUUUCCCACCAAGUCCUUCAACUGGCUGCGUCACAUCGCCAUCGCCGCCAUCCUGCUCUCCAUCAUCAACUUGCUGGUCAUAUUCGCUCCAAACAUCCUGGGCAUCUUCGGCAUCAUCGGCGCUACGUCGGCCCCCUGCCUCAUCUUCAUCUUUCCUGCGAUCUUUUACAUCCGUAUCGUCCCCGUGGAGGAUGAACCCAUGAACUCCCGUCCAAAGAUCCUGGCGGCCUGUUUUGCUGCUCUGGGCUUUUCCUUCAUGGUAAUGAGUCUCAGCUUCAUAAUAAUCGACUGGACAACAGGGGGCGGUCAAUCUGCAGGAGGCCACUAGAUGCUGCCUGGGUGUGUGGUCAAUGUUGAAGGAAGCACUAUAACCUGGGUGGGGUCACAGUGCAGUGCUGCCCCCCCAACCCCCCCCCCCUACUCUUCCUGGUGUUAACAUCUACAGUUAGAAGCGUGAGCUGAAAUGACCAGGGCUUAAAUACUUUUUAACUUUU